AGAAACAUUUUAAUGUAUGGACCACCAGGAACUGGUAAAACGAUGUUUGCCAAAAGAUUAGCAAAAUACUCUGGGAUGGACUAUGCAAUAUUAACUGGGGGAGAUGUUGCUCCAAUGGGACGGGAGGGUGUCACCGCCAUCCACAAAGUCUUUGAUUGGGCAAAUGGUACACGAAAAGGUUUAUUGCUAUUUGUGGACGAAGCUGACGCAUUUUUGCGGAAGAGAUCGUCCGAACAUAUAUCUGAGAAUUUAAGAGCCACUCUCAAUGCGUUCUUGUACCGUACAGGGGAACAGAGUAGUAAAUUUAUGUUGGUCUUGGCUUCCAAUACUCCUGAACAGUUCGAUUGGGCUGUUAAUGACAGAUUGGACGAAAUGGUAGAAUUUGAACUGCCACAACUCGACGAAAGAGAACGACUGAUGCGUCUCUACUUCGACAAGUUCGUGCUAGAACCGGCUGCAGAAGGGAAAAGAAGAUUAAAAGUUGACAAAUUUGACUAUGGAGCCUUAUGCAGUAAAAUGGCAGUAAUCACUGAAGGGAUGUCUGGAAGAGAAAUUGCAAAAUUGGGGGUUGCUUGGCAAGCGGCUGCAUAUGCCUCAGAAGAUGGUGUUUUAACUGAAAAGAUGGUCUUAGACAGAUGUAUGGACGCCAUAAAACAACAUCAACAGAAGGUCAAGUGGCAAUCAGAACAGGAAGGAAUAAAGAGUGGCUACAUACGAGAAAAAAGCAGCAGCAACAUCGCGUUCAUCCCUAAAGCUAUCGAAUAUAAUACAUCAGCACAAAGCAAAUCAAGUGCAAGUCAAACUGAAUCUCAUGACUCAGUCAGUUCUAGCAGUUCUGGUGUUAGUGAACCUAGUACUGAAAAAAAUUCGAAAGAAAAGACAGAACAGUUAACGAAACAGUAGAUUAUUUUAUUAACAGAAUAAAGGCUACAAUUAAUUUAGUCAAAUGUGUUCAGAGGUGAUGACUUUGUGCUGUAACUGUUGACCUUUUAACAGCACAGAGAUCAAGUUAUUUUCUCCUUAUUUUGUACUUAAUACUAAAUCCAUGAUAAAACGUACAAAUAUAACGGGAAUUUAACGGGAAUGAGUAGAAGUAUAGAGUAGAUAAGUUCCAAACAUGUUUUGUUUGUGAUAAUUGCAUUUUCGUUUCGUGCAACGUUAGUUUGUUAUUGUUCAAAAUGUUGCAUAGGAACGGUCGCCUUAAACUGAAUUUUGUACAAUUUGAUUAUGUCAUUUAAAUGCAGGUGUUACAUAAUACUUAGGCUGAUGUUUUGUAAAUAUUUUUUUUUCUAAUGCAUAUUUACAAAUAUUGUCAUUAAGAAGUAGUGAGAAGUGAUCCUAUUUUUACGUCCUAUUUCUUUGAAAAGUUUUGUACUACAAUUUGUGAUAAAAUAAACAAUAUCAACAUUAA